AGGGGCGGGGCCGUGGGCGGGCCGGGCGGGGCCGGUGGCUCCGGCGACGGCUGCUGAGGCGACGGCGGCCGCGUCGGCUACGGGGUCCGGGUCGGUAACGGGCGCGGCGAUGCUGCAACUGCGGGACUCGGUGGACUCGGCCGGCACAAGCCCCACGGCACUGCUGGCGGCCGGCGAGGAGGUGGGGGCGGGCGGCUGCCCAAGCGGGGGACGGCCGGGACCUGGGACGCCGCUGCGCCAGACGCUCUGGCCGCUCAGCAUCCACGACCCCACGCGCCGCGCCCGUGUUAAGGAGUACUUCGUGUUCCGGCCCGGCAGCAUCGAGCAGGCAGUGGAGGAGAUCCGCGUGGUGGUGCGGCCCGUGGAGGACGGCGAGAUCCAGGGGGUGUGGCUGCUGACCGAGGUGGAUCACUGGAACAAUGAGAAGGAGCGGCUGGUGCUGGUCACCGAGCAGUCCCUGCUCAUCUGUAAAUACGACUUCAUCAGUCUCCAGUGCCAGCAGGUGGUCCGGAUAGCACUCAACGCAGUAGAUACCAUUUCCUACGGAGAGUUCCAGUUUCCCCCUAAAUCACUCAACAAGCGAGAAGGUUUUGGGAUUCGAAUUCAGUGGGACAAGCAAAGUCGCCCUUCCUUCAUAAACAGAUGGAAUCCCUGGUCUACCAACGUGCCCUAUGCCACUUUCAUAGAACACCCGAUGGCAGGCGCAGAUGAGAAGACAGCAUCUCUGUGCCAGUUGGAAAGCUUCAAGGCUCUGUUGAUCCAAGCUGUGAAAAAAGCCCAAAAAGAAAGCCCUCUGCCGGGACAGGCGAAUGGUGUUCUGAUCCUGGAGCGCCCCCUGCUCAUCGAGACCUACGUGGGACUCAUGUCCUUCAUUAACAACGAGGCUAAGCUGGGCUACUCCAUGACCAGGGGCAAAAUAGGCUUUUAGCCAGCUGUAUUCUGGCAGCUCCUCCCCCUCCCCAGAAAGCCAAGGGAUGUGGGUACUGGGGAGCCUGGCAGUCUUCAUGCUGCCCUGCUGCCAGCUGGAAGGAUAGGGGUCCUUUACCUUUAGGGACCUCAGCACAAUUAGAAUAGUAAAGUGAAUUCUCUCUAUUUAAUUGGAUAUUGGACUCUGCUAAUACAAGCUACAGACAAAAGCUAAAAGACUCGCUGCCGCUGUGCUGCUGGUAUUCCAUCCUCUGUAACUUCAGUUCUGGUGUUUUCCUCGAGUAUCUCCUUGGCUUCUUGUGGUUCUUGCCACCCCAGCAUGCUGGGACCCUCAGCACGCUGCUUACCGCUUGCGUAGGUUGCUAAAUACAGGGAGGCACCGGGUGUCUGAGUGCCUGCAGUAUGUCUACACUUGGUGUCAAAUUUUGUAUUUUAAAAUGUAAUCCAGCUCAUCCAAAAGCAGCCAGCAAACUGGUUCAGUGAGAUGAGUCUGCACCUGCAGGGCCCUUGGUGAAUUGUUGUUCUUCUGUAAAUGGUUGACCUAAACUCACACUUUUUCUAAAAUUAAUCCAAGCUGUGGUAAUACUUAAGGUAUCUUUCCCAGACCCAAAAAGGUUUACAGAAAAUCAUUUUAAGACAAUUUAUUAAUUUGAGAAACUCACCUUGACAGUUCUUUGCACACAAUUUUUACAACUCUCUGUAUUCUAACUUUGUAUUGUACUCAUAUUUAAAAGGGAAUUGGGUAGUUUGCUUUGUGAAUAAUGCACUUUAAAAAAAAGGAACCAUAUCAGGCUGGGCAUGGUAGUUCAUGCCUGUAAUCACAGCAUUGUGGGAGGCUGAGGUCAGCAGAUCUUACUAGCUCAGAAGUUCUAGAGCACCCUGGGCAAUGUGGCGAAACCCUGUCUACCAAAUACACAAAAAUUAGCUGGGCGUGGUGGUGCAUGUGGUCCCAGCUACUCAGGAGGCUGAGGCAGGAGGAUCGCUUGAGCCUGGGAGGUGGAGGCUGCAGUGAGCCAAGAUGGCGCCACUGGCCACACUCCAGCCUGGGUGACAGAGUGAGACUCCGUCUCUCAGAUGUUUGUGAAGCAGCUGAUGCCCGCCUUGGCUCCUACAGCUCCAGCGUAGACUGGGGCUUUUUCCAAGUCUUGCACUGAACACACCCGGGCUUUGACGUGCCUGUAUUUCCCCACAGGGACCCACACACCUCCCUGCAUCCGCGCAGCUUGCUCGGGUGGCUGGAAGCUGUCGACAAGCUUCACGUGCUGGCUCACCAGCUCUUUCUCUCGUCUCUAGGACUGGUAGCUUUAAGCGAAUGGCGUGCUGUGGGAUGAGUAUGGCCGCCUGCAGGAUGCACAGGGCUGCCUUGGAAGCUGGCCAGGGACUCCAGCGUCUGUGUUCAUAAAGCACUUAGAACUGGAUGGAUGUUGUUCCUUUUUUGAAGUUGUUAUUAAAGUAGGUGCAACAGCCAAGAAA